UCAGCAGUUCGACAGCAUCUUUGGCAAUGUCCAUGGUACCAGUGGCAGCAACCAUGUCUGCAAGUCUCCUCAGCAGGUGGACAGCAUCUUUGGCAAUGUCCAUGGUACCAGCGGCAGCAACCAUGUCUGCAACGAUGUUCAGGGGUCUCCUCAGCAGGUGGACAGCAUCUUUGGCAAUGUCCAUGGUACCAGCGGCAGCAACCAUGUCUGCAACGAUCUGCGGUUACGGUAUCCUCAUCUCCAGAUGUGACUUCAGGGGUCUCCUCGGCAGUUCGACAGCAUCUUUGGCAGUGUCCAUGGUACCAGUGGCAGCAACCAUGUCUGCAACGAUCUUCGCUUUUGCUAUCCUGAUGAACCUCGCCUGAACUGGCAUCGUGGACACCAGUGGUUUUCACGCUCUUCUGAU